GUAGUUAUAUCGUCGUAGCUAUCACAUUUACUCAUAUUGUAGGGUGGUAUUUGCUACCCUACAGUUCCCGAGAUGUCCUUUAGGUUGAAGCGAUUGCAAGAGUUGCCGAAUGACAAGUGAAUUUAUCAUUUACUGAACGCUGUGUGUUUUCUAUCGAGAUAACGCAGCCAUGAGGAAUCUUUGGACCAAAGCAGGGGUUUUAGGUUCAGUGUCAGUGGCUUUCGGUUCACUGCUGUGGUCACAAAAGAAGACUGAACCGGACCAGGAUGGUUCCAGUUGCUCAUCUGCUGACCCAAAACCCAGUUCUCAAUAUGAACUUAAACUGGUCCAAGUCUUGUUCCGACAUGGUGCUCGAACGCCACUGAAGUCAAUACCUGAUGUAAUGGAGGCCCAAUGGGUGCCAACGCUCUUGGAGCCUCCAGCACACACCCACAUCAACUAUAAAGUGACAGAUCUUCAUGGUGGCCCCAGACCCCCGGCUCCUGUAGAAGACAGCUAUCGGAAAAACCAACUGAACGGUGGCACAUUCCCUGGUCAGCUGACCACAGUGGGCAUGCAGCAGCUGUAUGAGCUGGGCAGGAGGCUGAGGAAGAGAUACAUUGAGGAGAUUCCUUUCCUUAGCCCAACCUUUAGCUCACCCGAGGUCUAUGUGCGCUCCACUAACAUUGCAAGGACCAUUGAAUCUGCCAAGUGCCUUGUAGCAGGGCUGUUUGAGCAAAAACAAAAAGAAAUUGUGCCUAUAUUAACAACGGAGGCAGAAUCUGAAAUCCUGUAUCCUAACCACCAUGGAUGCAAGCUGCUCAAACUCCUUGCCAGCCACCGCUGGGCAGAGUCGUCCACUCUGCCAGACAUUGCAGCAGAUCUGCAGAGCAUCCAGAGUGCGUUGGGCAUUGCUCCUCACCAGCACAUUGACUUCAUCCUCAUUAGGGACGACAUGGUUGCCAGAGAGGUGCACGGCCUGCCCUGUCCAUCAGUGCUGGACAGCUGGAGGAAUAAAGUGGAACAGAGAGCUGUGGACAUGAUCUGCCAUGUGUAUGAACCCAGCAAAAGAGAGAACUUGCAGCUGUGUGUGGGACCCCUUGUGCAGACACUGUUAGCCAACUUUGAAGAGAAACUAGGGGACAUCUCAUCAGAGCCAAAAAGGAAGUUGUUUUUGUACUCUGCACAUGACACUACUCUGAUACCCUGUCUGAUGUCUCUGGGGAUUUUUGACAUGAGAUGGCCACCAUAUGCCGCCGAUAUCACUCUGGAGCUGCACCAACACCGGCAGACCAAUAGGUCCUUUGUUAAAGUGUCAUACAUAGGCGAGGAUCAACUUAUUCCAGGUUGUAGUGGAGUCUACUGCCCCCUGGAGGAGUUCAAGCAAGUCCUCUCAGCAUACUCCCUGAGCUCUGAACUCUACCACUCACUUUGUAACAGCACAGAGGGCUGGACCCAACCCUGAACAAACCUUCUCAACUCAGCACAGUGCUUACACUCCAGCAGAUACAGGCAUCUUUUUUUCUUCUUCUUCUUCUUUUCAGUCCUCUGUUCUCACUCCAUCCAGCCACCAUCAUCAGGGGAAACCUUCUUGUCCUGGAUCACAGCCACCUUUGAAGAUCUUUCAGUUUACAUCAGACUUCUAAUCUAAUAAUUCCUGAUCUUCAUGUAUCCAUGGCAGUUAAAUGUUCAAAUCAGGUAGAUUAAUUGUUAUGGUAUAUUGACAAUUUUAAGUGCAGAAUAAUUUGUCAACAAACUCCAAAAGAAUAACAGUCUGCCCCUCUCAAGUCAGAAAUCUUCAGAAGAUACAAAUUCAUAACUUUUUUUUUUUUU